AUGCCGCCCAAGCGCGAACUCAGCUCUGAUGCAGUUUUGCUUCCAGACGAGACCGAUAGAAAGAGCGACGACGUAAAGCAAUCAAGCACCCCACAGAAGAAAAAGUUCAAGAAGGGACCUACGACACCGGGAGGCGGCCAGCCGUGGAAAGAGGAAGAAGACCAGAUGAUUUACGCAGCUGCAUUCGACAAGCUACCAUCGCUUUCGAGCGACAAGGUGGCAAUGCUCGCCAGCAAGACUGGUCGCACCGAAAAAGCCGUGCGCUUACGCUACAACAAGCUGAGGGCCAUGCUCCUCGGAAAGCUUUCCUGA